UGAUGCCAUCCUGGGAUGCCCGUCCGUGAGGCUGUCGCAGGUCGCCACCGACCUGGCCGGUUCCACGAAGCUCCUGGGACUGAGGCCGCCGGCGGACGCUCCUCCUCUGCGGGAGGCAGGCAAGGACUCGGGGUGGGGCUUUGCCGAGCGAGAAUCCAGAGUCCGGCCAGCCCGGGGAAGUGCCAGGGCCGAGCACCCCGGAGAGGCGAGGCUGCCGCCCACCCACCUCAGCCAGCAGGGGCCAUGCGAUGCUCUCUGAAACGCUCCCUCACGGUUCUGCUCGCUGCCUCCUUCCUCCUCCUCCUCCUCCUCCUCCAUGGGGGCAGCCGGCAGGAACAGGAUCCCCUGGAGGUGCAGCUCAGGGGCCUGGCUCCCAGCACGAUCCUGCAGCUGCUGCAGCCGGAGGGAGCCCAGCACAUCCUCAGAGACACAGCUGAGCUCUCUGCACUGCACAACAUCUCCUACCAGCUCCUCGCUGGCUCCCCAGCUCCCCAAAAAAAAUUCCUGGCAGUGGGAAUGGCGUCUGUGCAGAGGCCACGUGGUUUCUACCUCCUGGCCACCCUCCAGUCCCUCUUCAGCCAGUCCACGGAGGAGGAGCUGCAGGAGAUGGUGGUGGUGGUGCACCUGGCUGACACUGAUCCUGGCUGGAACGUGCGUGUUGCUGCCACCAUCACCCAGAAGUUUGCUCGCCACAUCCUCAUGGGCCAGCUCCUGCUCAUCCAUGCUCCCCCUGAGUUCUACCCCACCCUGGAAGGCCUGAAGAGGAACUUCAACGAUGCAGAGGAGCGGGUGAGGUUCCGCUCCAAGCAGAAUGUGGACUACGCCUUCCUGCUCGCCUUCGCUGCCAACCUCUCCUCCUACUACCUGAUGAUCGAGGAUGACGUGUGGAGCGCCAGGUCCUUCCUGACGGCCAUCCGCAGGGCACUGGCUUCCCAGGAGGGCUCCAACUGGGCCACCCUCGAAUUCUCCAAGCUGGGCUACAUCGGAAAGCUCUACCGCUCCAGUGACCUUCCUCGCCUGGCUCAGUUCCUCCUCCUCUUCUACCAGGAAAUGCCCUGUGACUGGCUGCUGGUCCACUUCCGCCAGCUGCUCACCCAGAAGGACGUGAUCCGCUUCAAGCCAUCUCUCUUCCAGCACAUGGGCCUCUACUCCUCCUUCCAGGGCACCGUCAACCGGCUGAAGGAUGAAGAUUUCCAGGCCGAUGCCUUGGACCUCCCAGACAACCCGCCAGCAUCCCUGUACACCAGCAUGUCCAUCUUUGAGAACUAUGAGCCCCUCAAGGCCUACAGCUCGGCACAGGGGUACUUUUGGGGCAAAGACCCAGCAGCUGGCAGUACUUUUUCCAUCGUGUUUCAGCAGCCAGCCCGAGUCAGCCGUGUCCGGGUGCGCACGGGCUCCGUGGAGCGCCCAGGCGAUUUCCUGCGCGCAGGGCUGCUGGAGCUGGGCCAGCGCCGCGACCGCAGCCGGGACUGCUCCUCCUACGUGCCUGUGGGCUCCUUCGAGAAGGGGACCCUGGAGCAGCGGGGCCUGGAGAGGGUCCUGCCUGGGCCCGUGGAGUGCGUGAGGAUCCGGGUGACCCAGGACCAGAGCGAGUGGCUCAUCAUCCAGAGCAUCGACAUCUGGACCACAGCAGGCAUUUGAGCCUAACACCUGUGGCAGGAUGUCAAAGCAUCUGGAUUCGGUUCCUUUAUUUUUCACAUUGCCUUUUCGGAUAAGAAAUUAAGUUAUUGGCUCUCACUGCUCCAUGUCUGGAGAGAUGGGAACCACCUGUGGGCUGUGGAUGGGUCUAGGAGCAGGCCCCAUCUGAAUGUACCUUCUGGAGGAUGCCCCAAUGAGCCAGGGAGGGGCCACAGGAAAGGGAAGGGGCUUGGGAAUUCAAGGUUGAGCAGUAGAAAACCUUUCCUCCUGGGGAGGAUGAUGUAUAGGACAAAGCUGAUCAGUUAAUUAUCAAACCAAUAAUUAAUCAGGCAGUGGUAUUUUCUGGAGCCUCUCCCCACCUUACCUGCUAUAAGUUUCCUAACUUUUUCCAAAACUCUCGAUUUCUAAUUCCCUCCUCUCUGAUCCCAUUUCCUAGCUGCUCCUGGAGGGAUCAGGGCAAAGUCUGGGGGUGCUGCUCACCAAACCCUUACCUUGCAGGCUCAGCAGGUUCGUGGCAGCAGCAAGCUCCCGCUGGUGCCCGGCCCUUUCCCGGUGUUCAUCAGGGGCGACGGCCACCAGAUGGACCCAUCGGCCCGGCCCCGGGCAGCGCCUCCCACCAGCACUGCUUGUUGCCGCCCUCGAAGGGAAAAAAACAGUUCCCAGGGACCUCACUUCAUGUUUUUGCAGGGUUCACAGGGAGCGGGAAGGACAUGCAAGAUGGGGCUUCUAGAAAGGCAACGACGGCACAGAAUUGAGCUCCAGGGAACGGAGAUAAGCCGAGGAAAAUGUGACCUUGGUAUAAUGUGAAGCUCCGGUCCUUUUUAGCCCAGUGGGGUACUGAAAGGUAACUGGGGCACACAAGGAAUCCCAAAAGCUGCCGUUUGGGUUUGUCUGGCAGGGUCAGCUUGGAGGGCUGGAUGCUCCACUAGCAGCUGUGGGCCCCAGCACGCAGGGCAGUGACUGGCACCUCUCCCAGUUAGGCUUUUAGCAACAAUUUCUCAACUUCCUGCAAAGGAAGAACUCCAGUCUGCUCAGCCGUCCCAUGGGAUAGCCCAGAGAACUCACUAGCCUGUGCCAAGCAGGACUCUGGUCUGCCCAUGUUCCAAGCCUAGCUCUCCUGGAGCAGGACA